CCACCUCUUUCCCCAGCAUUUGAAUCUUUUCCAAAAUAGUGAUAUAGUCCAUACUAUACAGUCUACAGAAAAUCUUUGUCAUACGACACCGUUUCAAAGCUGAACAGUUGAAAAUGCAGUCAACGAUACUCAACGCCCAUCAUUGUCAGUUCUUAAUAGUAAAAAAACCUUAACAAUGGUUUUCCCUUUGUGUUUCUCGUCUCUCUCUCCACCUCCACUCAACACCAUAACACUUUCUUCACUCCCUCAUGUGCCAAACCACGGAAUAAGAUCGACUUCACUCGUGUCACUAUCACAUUCUCCUUCAACGCUCUUCAUUAAACACUCUCUUUGUCCUUGUGUCGCCCCCAUACAAGAACAUCAACAUGUACUCGCCCUCGAAGAAUAAGUGAAAUGUAUUAAUAAAGCUCCGUUGGAGAGUGAUUCGCUGUCGUCUGGCCUACAGAGAGUGUGUAUGCCCAGACACAUGGCAGUGAUCCUGGAUGGGACGCGGUGGGCCAGGUUGAGGAACUUAGAUGUGGGGUUAGGUUAUGAGGCCGGUGUCAAGGCCCUUAUGCUUAUUGAAUUCUGUUGCAAAUGGGGAAUUCGUGUUCUAACUGUUUUUGCUUUCUCUACUGACAACUGGUUUCAUCCAAAGGUGGAAGUUGAGCAUCUGAUAAGCUUGCUUGAAGGAGUGAAGGAUGAAAUGGAGAGCUUUUUGAGGAAGAACAUUCGAGUAUCUGUAAUUGGAGAUAUCUCUAAGCUUCCAAAGUCAUUGGAAGAAUUAAUUGUCAACGUGGAGGUGAGUAAUAAGAACAAUACCCAAUUCCAACUUAUUGUCGCAGUUAGCUAUAGUGGGCGGUAUGACCUCGUUCAAGCUUGCCAAAGGAUAGCUAUGAAGAUUAAGGAUGGUAUUAUUGAACCUAAUGAUGUCAAUGAGUCUUUAAUUGAACAGGCACUGGAAACAAACUGUUCUGAAUUUCCUGACUCUGAUCUAAUUAUACGGACCAGUGUUGAGCCUAGAAUUAGUAAUUUCAUGUUAUCGCAGUUAGCCUAUACCGAACCAUUCUUUGCACAAUCACUGUGGCCUGAUUCUGGAGAAGCUGACUUUAUAGAGGCAUUGCAAUCCUUCCAACAAAGGCGGAGACUCUAUGGUGGAUGAAACUUUGACACUACAGAGAAUGCAAAUUUUAGUUCAAUGUUGCAGUGAUCUCUUCAAAGAAUUUUCAUCUGAGAUGUGAAUUGCAGAAUAUAGUUUCUUUUAAGAUUUAUCUACAAGGUUUCUGACAACUCCGAUGAAUUUCUGGACGAGCAAGGAGUACCAAUGGUAAGCUUGAAUGGUGGGAAAAUAUAUUAUGAUUAAAAAAAAAAAAGGUGGUUGCGCUUGGAGAGCCAAUUCUUGAAGGGCUACCAAUGUAUCUCUGACGUUGGCAUCAAGUUUUAUUGUGCAGGAAAGAAGUUGAAGAAGGUUGAUUUUCUUCUGGCAAUGGUAAAUACUCCAUGCUUUUAUCUUUUAGUAAAACUAUGUGUAUAGUUUUGAAUACCUAAUUGAAUAUUCAAAUUAAUUAUAUGAUUAGAUAAUCUUAAAU